AUGUCUCUCCUUGCCAUAUCCAUCAUUUACCUAAAACAAGCUCUAAACCUUGUGGCAGACUUAAAGCAGUUGAGCUAUCAAUGUUCAGGAGACAACUAUGACCUUGAGCCUGAGUGGUUGGACAGUGUGCAGAAAAAUGGAGAAUUAUUUUAUUUAGAAUUAAGUGAAAGUGAAGAAGAAGUUCUGCUUCAGAACAGCUGUCCAGAAGUGCCAGCAGUGAAUCAUGUCAGAUUUCGGGAAAACGAAGCUGAAAUCAUUCAAGAGGGAUCACGAAAGGAAAGGAAGUAUGAACUGAAGAAAUGGACCAAAAUGUUAAAAAAGAAGAGUCUUUUACCAAAGAGUUCUGGUAAGAAGGGCAGUGGAAGCUGCAAUGAGCACCCCUCUGGUCCUACUUCCAUAUUGAAGCACCGCUCUGCUCAGAAAGUGGAUGUCACCGUUCAGCAAAAGUACAAAGAUGUGUCUGUUUAUGUAAAUCCCAGAAAACUCUACAGUGCUGGGGAAGAAGAGCAGCAGAGGCUGCUGGAAGCCUUAGUAGGGAUUGUCCAUCAGUCUUCAUGGAGCAGCAGAAGAGUGGAAAAACAAGGCAGGAAGGAUAAAGGCACCAGAGGAGUCAGUGAAGAGAAGCUUGUGGUACAUGGCUUGGUGCCAGGUAGUUCUGCAAUGAAAACAGGUCAAAUCCUGAUUGGAGAUGUUCUUGUUGCUGUAAAUGAUGUCGAUGUGAAUUCUGAAAACAUAGAGAGAGUUUUGUCUUGCAUUCCAGGUCCUAUGCAGGUUAAACUGACGUUUGAGACCUCGGUAUUUGAGCCUGAAGGGACUUGUGAGCAAAGGAACAAACAAACACAGUCAAGUAUGAACAACCUGGUUCGAUUGCUGUGGGGAGAGGACACUUUGGAGCCUCAGCAGGAUGUGCCUCACAUUGUCAUGUUCCUCACACUCAAACUGGACUCUGAAACAUCCAAGGAUGAGCAAGAAAUUAUUUAUCAGUACCCCAUAUCUGAAGCAUCCCAAAAACUGAAAAGUGUGAGAGGGAUAUUUCUCACACUGUCUGACAUACUGGAAAGUGUUACUGGUACCGAGAUUAUCAGUUCCUCCCUGUUCUUAUGUGAAAAACUGGUUCAAGUUGUUUACUGGAAAGAAUCUGACAAGUUGCUCGUAAUUGGCCUUCCUGAAGAAAAUGUGCCACUUUAUCAGCUAAGGAACAUGAUUCAGAAUGUUGUCAGGACCUUGACAUUCAUGUACAGUUCUUUGGACAGUGCUUUUUGCCAGGUGGAAAAUGUUUCUCGCUUGGAUCAUUUUUUCAACCUGUUCUUCCAGCGUGCUCUCCAUCCUGCAAGGCUCCAGGCUGGCAGCAGCCCCAGUGCCCAGCUCCAGGAUCCCUGCAGUGCCCUGCUCCCGGGCAGCCUCCCCGGGCUGCGCUGGCUGACGCUGCCCCAGCAAGUCAAGAUGGAAAUUGACACAGCACUGAGUGAUCUGGAAGCAGCUGACUUUGCAGAGCUGUCUGAAGAUUAUUAUGACAUGAGAAGAUUAUAUGUGAUCCUGGGCUCUUGUCUCUUUUACAAGGGUUACUUGAUUGGCAAUCACUUGCCCAAGGAAGACCUCGUUGAUGUGGGUUUCUAUUGCCAGCACUACUGCCUGUUAUCCCUGGCAGCAGAGCAGAGGAUCGGGCAGUUGGUGAUUUGGCGGGAGGUGUUCCCACAGCAUCACCUGCAGCCCUGCGAGGAGUCGAGUUCCACAGGAUACAGGGAACCUGAAGCAAGAUACUUCUUACUCAUAGUUGGCUUGAGACACUUUGUCCUGUGUGUCCUGCUGGAGGCAGGGGGCUGUGCAUCCAGAGCUAUUGGGAACCCAGGGCCAGACUGUAUCUAUGUAGACCAGGUGAAAGCAACCAUUCUCCAGCUGGAAGGAAUAGAGGCCAGCAUCGAGGAAAGGCUGGAUUCUCCCUCCAUGCCACCUUUAGCCUGUGCUGACUGGUUCCUUCCUGCAGCACGGGACAGACUGGAGAGCUUGAGCACCUCCCCAAUGCUGAGCAAGCUGCAGAGCUCCUCCUGCAAAGCUGGGAGCACUGCAGGGAGCAAGAGGAGCCUCUUUGGGGACACUCUGCACACCCCGAGGAGCAGCGGGGCGGCUGAGCAGGGCAGCGAGGGGCCCGCCGAGGAGGAGAGCACCAAUCCACAGCCUCUGCUGGAGCAGGCCACUAGGAAAAAACACACCCUGCCAAACCCAUUUCAUUCAGGAAACCUGAAAAAGAACUCUUCAGAGAAAGAUACAGAACUUCCUAAUGCUAUGAAGUUGACAUCUGGUCCUGAGAACACCCUCUUCCAUUAUCUGUUUUUGGAGACAAUGCAAGGAAUCUUUAUUACUCCAACUCACAAAGAAGUAGCCCAGCUUGGUGGCUCCAUCCACCCUCAGUUAAUUGAGAAUUUCUACCAGUGCUGCCUUUCAAUCCGCUCCAUUUUCCAGCAGUCCAUGAAGAAAGAGGUAUGGAAAUUUGGAUUUCUUUACUUUUACUAUCAUGCUGUUUUACAGAAAAAGAAGGCAGGCAGUGGGAUUGCAGAUUUCAGUACGGCGGCUGAGGACCCAGGGCUGGUAAGAGAACAUGGACUGCUGUUUGAGUGCUCUCCUGAAAACUGGACUGACCAGAAGAAACCACCACCAACAAUGAACUACUGGGUUGUGGGGAGACUCAUUCUCCAUCCCAAACCUCAGGAGUGUUACGUGUGUUUCCAUGACUCAGUGACAGAAGCUGCUGUGGAGCUGGCCUUUAAACUGUCCUUUGGCUUAGCUGCAUAGCUGAGCUUCCUGCACACUCAGGCAUCCUGCAGGGUGGUAUUCAUUCUUUAAAAUAUCCCAUAUAAAGGGAAAUGAACUCAAUUUGGGUGCCACCCAUGGGGCAUCUUUGAAAUGCUUUAAAAAAAUCAAAUACCUUGUGGUAUGACACAGUUAAAACUUCAGUGGUGCUUCUGAUGAGCUCAUCAAUUGAAUGCUAAUUUUCAGAGAACCAAAGUUCUUAUUUUUAUAUGCUGUCACUUUUUUUUUUAUGCUGGUCAUAACUUUAUUAUAUGAAAAUGCCAGAUCCUUUGUUUGUUCACUGCUGUUCAGUGUUCAAUAUGAAACAUAAAAUGGUAAGCUGAUCUUCAAAGUACUCCAUGAACAUAGAAAUUGGUGGUAGAGGAAAAAAAUAUUUCCCCAGUUACUUAAAAUUUUGCACCUCUGAAGGCCUGAGAAACCCUAAAUGUUUUCAGUAGCAUUGUGUUAAUCAAAACAGAGACAAAUCUUUUAGACAAUUCCUGGCACUUAGCCUCACAAAACUGAUGGUUUACUAUUUUUGCUCUCCUGCACACUUCAAGGACUGUAGUGUGGUUGAUGUUUUACUUGACUCCAUGAGUUUUAACUAUAAAUAAUGCUUAAAUUUGUUCAAAUGCCAUUUUGAAGACACAAAAAAAGAAGAGGGGCGGGCAGGGUGGUUUUAAGAUGUGCGUGGACUUGGCUUAUUUUAUAUUCAUAAUUUCAUAAUAAAAAUGUAUAUUUGUUCAAGAAC